AUGUCGAAUCACCCGAUCCGUUCAGCUCCCCCGUACUGGGGUCCUCCCAACUAUACACAGCCAUGGAUGACACCUCAACCGCCUUCAUCGGGCCCGAUACCUCAACCUCAACCUUUCAACCCCGACCCUUCUUCGGCUCCAAAACAAUACCACAACCUCGAAAGUUUUUACGGAAAUGCGAACCUUCCAGGUUUGGGAGGCGCGGCUGCGACAGGCUCCUUCCCGCCUCCCCCGUUUGCUUUCCCAGGAUCCUUCCCCCCCGCGCCGGCCCCUUCUCACAUAUCGAUGCCACAUAUGGGAUAUCCUUUGAUGUCCGAGCAAUUACUUACGCAUUCCUAUCUGCCUCAGCCUCAACCACAGCCAUCAACGAACAACAUCGUACAUCCUUCACAGUCGAAUGUGACAGAUUCGCAGCCGAUGGUGGUUACAAGCUCAAGGCAGGAUUUGGAGCGAGAGGAAGGUGAAUUAACUGAUUUUGAGGGUACUACGGGAAUAGAGAACCGUGGCUCUCGACACCCCAAGGGGAAAACUGGUGGAAACUGGCAAUACCACGGGGCAGGUAAUGGAAGAGAUCACGGGUUGCAGGCAGAAAAAACUCAGUUGGUAAAUACGAACGGGCUCCACCCCAACCAUGACGACUGUUCUGCCAUAGCCGCGGAGACUCGCCACCAGUCGCUAUCUGAAAUUGAGGAAGGCGAGGCAUCACCCGAGCCUCGCGCAUCUAGUAGAGAUAGCGGAUCCCCUUACAACCCCCCCAUGCCAACAGAGGCCAUGUCACCUCCCAUGCCAAAGUCGUUACUUGAACCCGCGAAGAUCACUAGUGAAGGCAUGGUCGCUUUAGACUCACUCCUUCCCUCCUCCGUCGACCAACAUUCGUCCUCUAGUUAUGGCGUUUCACUUGCCCAGCUUCGGGUACAAGCGCAAGGCGCUCUGCUUAGCUUGGCACCACACAGUAUUCGUUAUAGUGAGCUUGUUGGAGAAGGCAUCAAUCCCACGAUACUUAAACAGCUGUAUGAAGAAGUUGGCAUCAAAGUUCCAACCACACCCCUUGCGAAUCUUGACCCCAUGGCUGGCUCCAGUGACGAUCUUCAACCAGGGGCUAGCACGUCAGUCAUGAACGAGAAAGAAAAUCAAGCUACACAACAGCUCGAAGCUCAACAUGAUGCUACGCCAAAGCUUACAUCCAUUGAGGCCAGACCCACACUUCAAUCUAAUCAGCCCAAUACAGCCAAACCUAUGGAACGGAAAGACAUGAUCGCGCGAAUGCUCGCUGCCAAAGCCGCUAAGAGCUCAUCAGUCCCUGCACCAACUCAACCGGAUGCUGAAAUUACGGUUUCAUCGCCCCAAACCCUGCCUUCUGCACUUGAUAAAUCUACAACAACUACACCUUCACGAGAUACGUCCGUGAAUGAAAAAGAAAUACGCGUCAAGGAAAAGAACAAGGCGCAAACUGAGCUUGCGAGGCAACGCAUUGAACAACUGAAGAAGCAAGGACUCAUGAGGAAUCUGCAAAAGCCAUCAUUUGAUAGCCUUACUCCAGAAAAAGAACUGCAUAAUUUUGUCCAGGAGGCACCACAAGCCCAGGCGUCCUCGACUGUUCAACACCCGUUACCAGAACGCCCACCCGUUCCUGAGUCUGCUUCUCUUGAUCAAAUUCCUGGCCUGUUUAUGGCAGAGAAGGUGCCGGAAGCGAUAAACGGCGCACAUGUUACCCCUAUUCAAGACCCAAUACCCGAAUCGGUGCCUCACCCUCGCUCUAGCCAACGCAAACGUCCUCGUGCCUCGGAUUUUGACGAACCAAUCCCCCUACCUAAAAGAGCCUUCAGCAACGGCACCAGCCAUGACCAACCUGAGAGACUUGUUAUCGAUAUAAGUGACGAUGAAUUCCAUGGAGAUGAGGACGAUGCAAGCUUGCACGCUGAAACAACCUGUGCGGAUCCUUCUGGCGUUUUGACUGCAGGAGGAUUAGUCCCAGUAGACCCGCACCCGGCUGAUGGCCUUCCCCGUCGGCCGGCGACUUCCCAGAGCCUGGGUCUUUCUACGUCUACAACCCCGAAUAACCCUAAAAACAGCGAACAGGAAGACUUGAGGAAAAAGGAUCUCGAGAUUCGGGCUAUGCACCGAAGAAUUGCUGAACUCGAGCAACGUAAAAAGGCAAAGUUAGCAAGCCGUACUCAGUCCCCUCGUGCUUCAGACCUAUCCCCUCCCGAACUCGUUAAUAUUCCCGAAAUCUCUAUUCCAUCCCUGUCCAAUAUCGGUGACAAGGAUGUGGACGAAAUUCUAGGGCCAAUGGAUGCUGAUGGGCUAAGGAAAAUGAAGUCCAAAAUAUUACGAAUUCAGGAGAUCGAAGCUGGUGUCCCUUCUCUGGACGCGGAAAUCCACAAAUCCGAAAUGAGACUUGCUGACACGAGGUGCGAAGAAGAGAGGCUAUCGUCGGAGCUAGCAAAGGGCAAAGAAGGCCGACAACAACUUCUACAAGAGCUCAACACCCUGAAGCUAGAGGUUUCUGGGUUGUCGCUUGAUCGUGUAAAUGUCGCAUUGAUUGACAUGGAAGCAAAGGAGAAAAUGCCCGUCGACGUUGUUCAAGGUAUGCUUCGAAGAUUAUCGAUCCCAGGAUCUCAACGCCCAGACACAACAACUUACAAGCACUACGCUAUAGCCCAGGGCUAUGAGAACAAGAUCUUAGAAGAAGACACCUCAGCAGUCCCGGAAGUGUCCGAAGCAGAUGAGCAGGCUCAAGAAGAUACUGCUUUGACGCAAAACGCCACUCCUCCAACUUCGGACUCCCCGGCCGCUGAUCAUGUUCCGAAUGUUCCUGAUGUUGAUAUACCCGUUCCGGAAGCGCCCGCAGCAGAGCCAUCAGAUACGUCGAUGUCGGAAGACUCCAGCUCUUCAAUGGAUGAGUCUACAGACGAUUCAACCAGCGACUCCGAUUCGUUGAAUGAGGAGAUGCAUGACGCACCGGAUCCUAACAUUAAUUCAACUGCGCCCAUGGAAGAAAUAGUACCAGCUCCCCGAGGCAUUCCGAAUGGACCGGAAAGACCACAGCCAGAGGAUACGCUGUUCACAGAUAAAGCCCCCAAUACCCCUACCCAAACCGACAUGUUGUCUAGCGCUGUUGUUGCAAAGUCGGAAAACCUCGAUUCACGAGAAUCUCCCGCCUCGGAAGCAUAUGAGCCGCCAGAACCCGAAGAAUCUGGUAGUGCUUCGGAUACCAGUUACUCCCCUGCUCCUAGUCCUGACUUCCCCAGCCCUGCCACAAAUAUGGAAAUUUCGGGGUCCUCAGAAGAACAAUCUCAAGUCGCUGGUGAGCCGCUAACUGAAAAAGUCCAGGAACUGGAUUUUCAGCAACCAAGUCAAUAUCCCCAGAUUGGCCUUCUGGAUAACACGCGACGCCCUGAAGACUCACAACGUAAAUUCUCACCUUAUACUAGUCCCCUCAGGCUGUUCAAGGCCUAUCGAUACCAUUCAGAUUACAACGACAAGGUGUCCGGCGGCUAUCGCUCCCUAACCUAUAGCCAUAAUAUUGACCCCUUGAAACAUUUUUGUCCCUUUGAGACUUCAGGCGGUGUCUGCAAUGACCGUUCCUGUGAAUACCAACAUUUCCGGGACAUGGCUCUCAGCGGUGCGUCGACGCUUGAACAAUAAUUUGCACAACAUCCCCCGUCUAGCUGGACAUAAAUUUCACAUCUCAUUCUUCACUGCCCGUGCUCCCCUUGGCCCCGCUACAGUGUCUUCUUCUCGUUUCAUGUGCUACUGAACUUGUUUACCAUUUGACCGUGAAAAUAUUCUUUUCUUGCCCGCGCGGAUGCUGACGCACAGAACCAUUAACCUCGGCAGAUGACAAAAUUCUCGUCCAAAUGGGCUCUCUACGGGAGGGCAAAACACCGGAAGAGUGUGAUAGUUAUGUUGCUGGAUUAAAAGAAACUAUCAACGACAUGCGGCGCGACAAGGUGAAGGA